AUGGAUAGCCCUUUUCUACGAUAUGUCUCCAACCUCAACGAUUUCGAUGAGAAACUCGGCUCUUACGUUCGCAAUGAAUAUGUCAAAAUGAAGUACCAGGACAUACUCGGAUGCGAAGGUUUGAACCUUAAGAACACAUCUUCUCUCUAUGCUCAAUAUACGACCAGCGUAAUAUGUAAUGGAAUAAUACAAAAUUCAAAAGAGCCGUGUCGUCUGUCUGAACGAAGCGCCAGACCACUUUGUGCGGAGAGCUGUGUAAGUUGUUCUCCUUUCCUCAAUCUGACAGUAAAAAUUGCUAAUUCAUGUCACUAUCAGGCAAUGUUUGCAACCAGUGAAGAAAUAAUUACAGUCAACCAGGAUCUAUGUCGGUCCCCUAAACGCAAUCACAUGGACGAAAUAAGGGCAGACUUCACGGUUUGCGCCAUUCCAGCUAAUUCGCUAUCCGGACAGUGCAUUCCUGGCACCGAUAACGAGCCAAACGAAUGCGGGUUUGGAGAAAAUCUGCUUGGCCUGUGCGGUUUCUGCUCGCAGACUUCAAUCAAUGGCACUGAUACGUGCUGCUACGCUGCCAAUGCGGAGCAGCGUUGCAAGAACAUCAAACUUCCAGAAAUCUCAUCACUGCCACCUCUAUUUCCACAUCCAACUUCGACACCCUCUCCCACGCACACUGACAAACCAGGUGGCGGAGGUCUAACUGGUGGACAGAUUGCCGGAAUUGCCGUUGGAACAGUAUUGGGAUGUGCAUUUUUAAUCGGUCUGGCGGUUCUAUUCCUCCUUUGGAGAAGACGGAAACGGAAUGAAUCUGCUGAAAGCAUUUUCAACCAACCUACGCCUCCCCGGACCAUGGCAACAGCUCCAUCAUAUCCCGCUGGCGGCAGCUCAACUAACAAGCAGCAGAAAGGAUAUGAACCCAUUCCCGGAGGCCGUGUUGCGCGAAUGUCAGCACUUCAAGGUGGUAGUAACCCACCAUCACGUCACGCAUACCACGAUUCGGAUUCCGAUGUAUUUGGAGACAGCCCUUCUGGCGGCAAGUCGAGGCGUAUUCCACCCGUCACAGGAAGAAGAAACGGCUCACUUUCUAGCGCGUCUGCCCUCGCUGGCGAUGGCGACACGUUAUCUCCCAAGUCUGGCAGCGGUGCCCAGUUCUCUUCUCCUGAAGGCGUUGCCAGCGGCCAGUCAGAGCAGCUCCCUUAUUUCCGCGACUAUUAUUCACAGGACGACAUCCAUCCAAAUGACAGAGUAUCUGUUCUCUGGGCAUAUCAACCUCGAGCCCCUGAUGAGUUUGAACUAGACAGAGGUGACAUGCUGAAAGUCGUUGGUAUAUGGGACGACGGCUGGGCAACAGGUGUCCGAGUCAAUGAGAAAGCAGAGGACUAUGACUCGAAGCAUAAACACAGUCCGCUCAGAGAUAGUGGUGUCUCUCACGGGUCAGAGGCACGACCUCCAUCUUCACCAACUACCGGAGAAAUAAAAGCAUUCCCAGUUCGUCUAAACCUAGCUCCAUUCUUGUGUUACUUAUUUUUGAAUCUAUUUACUAACGGCUCCAUCUAG